CCAUAAAACAGCCGCAAAUUUCAUCGAAGCAGCCAUUUUUUGGAUGGGGACGUAAGUAACUGUACGGCCGAUGCCGGUUCACGAGGGUAACUACCCAGCGGUCAUUCCUCGAUCUGAGACGUCAGGCCCACUUGCAGCACUAUUAACCCAUGCCGGCCACAGCUACGGACAUCUCGCCAGCCGUCAUGGCCGUGUGUGAGCGCUUCGACGCCGCCAAUGACCUCGUACUGGAGCAUGUGAAUGGUUUCCUAGAUCUGUCACCCAAGUGGAACUUAAUGCGCGCCGCAUUAGCAGGCCACCUGUACUUGGUGCAGCGCUUGAGUCGGCGCUAUCCCAAUAAGUUCCAGCGCUGCUGUCGAGAGGCUAUGGACUCGGCGGCCGAAUUCGGACACUUGACUGUGGUGAAAUGGUUACACAAACACCGUGAAGAGGGCUGUACGACGGACGCCAUGGACAUGGCCGCCUCUAACGGACAUUUAGAAAUUGUACAGUGGCUCCACGAGAACAGGAACGAGGGCUGUACCAGCAACGCCAUGGACUUUGCGGCACAGCACGGCCACUUGAAGGUGGUACAGUGGUUGCAUUCCAACAGGAAGGAGGGCGCCACACACUACGCGAUCGAUAAUGCGGCCACGUAUGGUCACUUGGACGUGAUUCAAUGGCUACAUUUUUAUAGAGACGAGGGAUGUUCGCAGUCUGCCGUGGUGAACGCCUUAAAUGCGGGUCAUGCACGUGUGGCCAAGUGGCUGGUAGUUAACCGCAAGAGCGACUGCAUGGGUAAGUUGGGCUUCGUCGAGUAUUUGGCAAGACGUGGCUACUGGGACGUGGCUGCGCUCACGGAUAAGCAUCCAUAUUUACAGGAGCUGGUCGAUGACGAUCUGAUGCUCACGGACGAUGAGGAGGACGACGUGGCGGGGAUGCAGGACAGGGAAUUUUUAAGGCUGUGGAAUGCAGGCAUGUUCUUGCGCUAGCGUUCAGCACAUUGAAACGAUAUUUCAGUAGAGUAGAUAUCCUAACAACAGAUAACAUUGCCAAAAUUAUUCAAGUAGUUGUCCAAAGAA